AUGGCUGGGAGAAGGCCGUCGGGCCAGCAGGGCCUGCUGCUGCUGGGGCUGCUGGUGGCAGUAGCUACUGUGCACCUGGUCACCUGUCCCUACACCAAGGUGGAAGAGAGCUUCAGCCUGCAGGCGGUGCAUGACCUCCUCUACCACCGGCUAGACCUGAACAAGUACGACCAUCAUGAGUUCCCUGGCGUUGUCCCCAGAACCUUCCUCGGACCCUUGCUUGUUGCUGCCUUCUCCAGCCCUGCAGUUUAUCUGCUGUCUUUGCUGGAAGCCUCCAAGUUUUACUCCCAGCUCAUAGUGAGAGGGACCCUGGGGCUUGGUGUUGUGGGAGCUCUCUGGAUGCUACAGCAGGAAGUGAGGAGACAGUUUGGGGCCACAGUGGCCACGUUGUUCUGCUGGAUGACGGCCACGCAGUUCCACCUGAUGUUCUACUGCACGCGGACGCUUCCCAACACCCUGGCCCUGCCCGUGGCCCUGGCAGCGAUCACGGCCUGGCUGCGGCAGCGCUGGGGCCGCUUUCUCUGGCUCUCGGCACUGGCGGCCAUCGUCUUCCGGGCUGAGCUGGCCGUCUUCCUGGGCCUCAAGCUGCUGCUGUUGCUCUUGGGAAGGAAGCUCCCCCUGAGGAAGGCACUGCGCCACGCGGUCCCCGCCGGGGCCGUCUGCCUGGGACUGACGGUGGCCGUGGACUCGUAUUUCUGGCGGUGUCCCGUGUGGCCGGAAGGGGCGGUGCUCUGGUACAACACUGUACUGAACAAGAGCUCCAACUGGGGCACCUCCCCGGCCCUGUGGUACUUCUACUCCGCCCUGCCCCGCGCCCUUGGCACCAGUGCCCUGUGGGUGCCGCUGGGCAUGGUGGACCGGCGGGCGCGGGCGCUGCUGCUGCCGGCGCUGGGCUUUGUGCUGCUCUACUCGCUGCUGCCCCACAAGGAGCUGCGUUUCAUCAUCUACACCGUCCCCGUGCUCAACGUGGUGGCCGCCCGGGGCUGUGCCUACCUGCUGCACAACGCCCGGAAGUCCUGGCUCUGUAAAGUGGGCUCCUUCCUCGUCCUUGCGCACCUGGCUGUGAACGCCACCUACUCGGCCGCCUGCCUGUACGUGUCCCACUUCAACUACCCAGGUGGCGUCGCACUGCAGCAGCUCCACACACUGGUGCCGCCCCACACAGGAGUCGCGGUGCACAUUGAUGUGGCUGCCGCGCAGACGGGUGUUUCUCGGUUCUUGGAGCUCAACCCUGGCUGGAGGUAUGACAAGCGAGAGGACCUUCAGCCAGGGUCAGUGGGCAUGCUGGCCUACACCCACCUGCUCCUGGAGGCGGCACCUGCACCCCUGGCCCUCUACCAAGACUCACAUCGGGUCCUGGCCCGUGUGUCCGGCACUGAAGGCGUGCAUCUGAACCUGACUCACCUGCCGCCCUUUGAUAUCAACUUGCAGCCAAAACUAGUGCUUCUGGAACGAGUGCUCGGGCCAUCCUGA